AUGCGCGUGAUGAACGCUAUUACCGACAAGCCGGAAUGGGAUCGAAAAAUCCUCAACGAGGAAAUUGUCUCCAAAUGGCGCGAGGAGAUUUCCACAAGUGGCGAGGAUAUCUCCCCCGCAAUGAUUGACUACAUCUUCGAAGAACUGCAAGCGAAAGCCGAAUUUCUCAAAGACGAAGGGUUCGUCACCGUGUUUGACAUGGGUGUGGUCAAAUCAGACACCGCAAUCCCAGAAGAUUUGCGAAAAGCCCUAGCAGACGCAGUGGCUCCUCUGGAAAACGUAUCAGACGAUCAGAAAGAUUACCAUCCAGGAUCGGACCAAAAGGUCCUCGAUCUAGUGCAUCCAUCACUUUUUCCGCUCGUAUACGGACACAGCCGUAUCUUACGUGACGAGACAAUCGGUCUUGAAGACUGCCUUGGUACGACAGGGCAGGGUGAAAUACUGCCAAUCCCAUCAAUGAUCGAACAGGGUAGGGCUUCUAGAUUUGUAGCGCGCCGUUACUUUGAUGAGGUUCUCUACAGUCACAAGUUUCAAUGGCUUCCUUGUGAUGUGGGGCUCAACGUCACGGAAGCGGAGCACGAGUGCCGUAUCACCUCCUACAUCAACAAUUUGCAUCCUGUACGACAUCGUGACCUGUACGCCAUCGUUGAAAAAUUCAUUGCCCGCGCUAUACCUCUGUGGAACAGAAGCUUGACAGGUGAGAGAUAUAAUUCUCGCCGAAUCAUAUUUGACCAGGUUGAAUAUGAAGAGCCCUCAGACCCACCACCAGAGCAAUGGCCUGAUGAAGACGAUGAGGCUUUCUAUCAGCGAUUUGACGCAUAUGAGGAGAAUCAGGUGAUAAAAAAGCCGGAGCCUGGCCAGUUCCAAAGAGAUAAGCUCGCUGUCCAAAAUGAGAUUAACAUUCACGAGCAGUUUGGCAAGACUGGAUUACAGGUUAUUGUGAAGUUGGCUAAUAUUGAACUAUCUCCUGAAUCGCCCAAGUACAAUGGAGGAUCCUGGCAUAUUGAAGGCCAAUUGAAUGAACGCAUUUGUGCAACAGCCAUCUACUAUUAUGACAGCGAAAACAUCACAGAAAGCCCCCUGGCAUUCCGCCAACGUGCCAACGCAGACUAUAUCGCAGAGGGUGUCCGCUACCCCCAAAGCCGUCACGAAUUCCUUCAACAAAUCUACGGAUUUGAACACGAAGUUACUGGUAACGACAACAAUUGCCAGAUCACACAAGACCUAGGAGAAGUCAGCUGUCGCCAAGGUCGCCUCCUGACCUUUCCAAACGUCCUCCAGCACCGAGUCACUCCAUUCUCGCUAGCUGAUCCUUCCAAACCUGGCCACCGGAAGAUCCUAGCUUUGUUCCUUGUUGAUCCCCAUCUACGGAUCAUUUCGACUGCGAAUGUUCCUCCGCAGCAGGAGGAUUGGGGGAAGGAGAAGCACGAUCUGACUCACGAGGUGCUUUCGGGAAGACUUCCCGCUGAGUUGAAAGACAUGGUUUGUGAGGAGGGUGUGUUGCAGCCAUUAAUGAGUAUGGAGGAGGCGAAGGGGUUGAGGUUGGAGCUUAUGAAGGAGAGGAGUGUGAAAUCUGUGGAGCAGAACGAGGUGUUUGAGAGGGGUUCUUUUAGUCUUUGUGAACAUUGA